AUCUGGUAACACUGCCGCCCACAAGUGCCAGUCGAGAAAAAAAAAAUUGGUGGUAAUUUUUGCUCGUAAAAUUCAUCUGCUCCUAAACGGUUUUUCGCGUGUGCCAGCGUAGCAAUUGCUUUCAAAACUGCUAAACUUUUUGGUCAACGGUGAAGCGCUUCUUAAAACGAUGCCAAUGCAAUAGUUUCAUUUAUCAAAACGGCAACUCAAAGGCGCUGCUGCAAACGAAUUCUGUCCAUUAAGAACCAAAGGGCCAUUGGGAAAAAAUGGUGUCCACCCGCCAAAUGUGCAGUGGUGGCGGUACGAGCGCUUCGGAUGGGGUUUCCCCUUUUGGAGGAUCAGGUUCGGGUUCGGGAUCAGGAUCUGGACCUGGAGUCCAGGAGCCGCCCGAGUCCACAGCGGCUCGAACCUCCGUCCUGCGGCGAACCAACAGCUAUCAAGGUAACCAGGGGCAGGUUAAUGGACCUGGUCAGGUGACCUCACCGGCCAGCCUGGCCUUCUCCGCCAGCGUGGUGACCCGCCACCAUUCGUACACCAUCCAAACGCAACGGCAACGGCCACCGAGCAACUCACUUUUCGAUCUGCCCAACGAACUGAUUGAGAAGAUCCUCAGCUACUUGGACUUUAAGAAAAUUUCAAAUCUCAGAUUGGUGUCGCACCGUAUGAACGACAUCUGUAUGGCCAUGCUGAACUCAGCCUUCACCAAACAGAUCAAGACCACGCACAGCCGCUUCCAGGCGAUCAAGGCCAGCAUGCCGCGACGGGAGUCCGCCCGCCGAAAUCAUGCGCUGGCCUGCGAGUGCGACAUCAUCGAGACGUGCUACAUGCGUCUCUCCCUUCUCCAGAUGUCCAUGGGCAAGCACAUCGAGCGUGGACACUGCUGUUUCUUUCCGGGCGCCAUACUGGACGAGGUGCAGGCGAUUCUCAACUAUAUCAGUAUUACGCCCAGGCUGCAGCGACCUUAUCGGGUGACCGACGAGCUCUUCGAUCUCUCCACAAUGGCCAUGGAGUACUUCAAGGACCGGAUCGAGCCCACGCUACCGGGACUCGCAUACUUUAACAAGGACUUCUAUACGCUGCCCACCACCACAAAACGUCCCGCUCUUGCCAUCAGUUCAGAUCUCGAGGACAGUGCCAGCAACUCGCCGCCGCAGAACCACAUGGUGCUCCGCAAGGGCAUCCGCAAGAUCAAGCAGGGCAUGAAGAUGUACAACAACCAGCUUACGGUGCUGCGCACCGAGCUUCGCACCUGCAAGCGCAAGGCCGCCGAGCAGAGCAAGCAGCUGGCCGAGCAGCAGAAUCUCCUGGCGGAGCAGCAGAAGCAGACGCUGGAGUAUGCCAACCGGCUGGACGAGAACGACAAAAAGAACGAGGAGAUGUCUCGCAAGUUCUCCACCCUGUUGCAGGAGCUCAACAAGUGCAAGACGGAACUUCAGUUCUGGCGGUCUAAGAGUCCGGCCAUUCCUGCUGUUUGCAGUUCAUGCAAUCAGAAGGUGGCACCCGUCGUGCCGCCCGAGGAUUUUCAAGUGCUGGUCAACCAGGGCGUGGAUCCCGAGCACUUUAUCAUUAUCAACGAUGACGCGGAUGCCGAGAGUGAUGUGAGCGUAGGCGAGCUGAAGGAAUUCGCCUCGCCGGACGAGUCUACCACGGCCAAGCUGCUGGCCGUGAGCUCGGCAACAAAGAAUCUGAAGCGCAAGCAGCCGUCGGAGAGCCAGUCGAGUGCCAUAGCGUCCACGUCCAAGGCGGCAGAAGUUGUCCAGCAGGAGGCAGGAGGAGCUGCCAAGCCGGCGGGCGGCUACUCCCCAAAGCUCUUCUAUGGCAAUCAUCAGCGGAGCGGCGUGAUUGUCAGUCCAGUGUCCAAGAGUCUGGCGGCAGCCCAGCCGGCGAACAAUGUGGCGUCCGGAUCGGAGGCUCUCGAGGAGCCCGAGGAGGCGAAGAAAGCACGUAGAGUACAAAAGGCCAACAGAUAUGUAAAUACGCCCGGCAAACGCAGUAAAUAAGCAUUAGGACAUACGCAUAUACACUUUACAUAUUUUUUACCACUUAUUUACAUAUAAAAGUGUGCAUGCCCCUGCUCUCCUAACCACCAGGAUGUGGGCCAGGGAUCGGGGCAUGCGCCGUAGAGUUAACGGAGGAAUCAAAUUAAAUAUAUACACAUAUAUCUAUUAAUGUCAAAUGCAUUAGGCAUUUCGAAUAUUAAUCAUUAUUAUUAUUAUUAUUAUCGAGUACAACAAACGUGUCCGUAUGUUCUUCGGUUUUAACGCCCCGCAAAAACAAUUCAAGUUAACCACCACACAACACGAACACACUCACGAAUCCCGUAGUUAUUGGCAGAGCAAAACAGAUAAUAAUAAUUUAAAGCAAAUUAAUUUUAAAUAAGGAAAAAAACAAACAAAAAAAGCAAAGAAAUAUUUUAAAUAAAACUUUAAAAACA